AUGAGCGGCAGAACUCCGUUACGAUUUGGGAUUCGACGCCGAUAUGCUUACCUUCAAUCGGCCGACAUCCCCGAGGCGAUGUCACAUUGGCCCCGUCUGGGAGCCGGUCAACGCAACCCUCAGCUGCCACGGGACUCAAUGACAGGUUGGUGGCUUGGUUGCAUCAUGACGCCAUGGGGUCACUAUCAGAGUCAGGAUGAUCACUUCCAACUCCAGACUUCACCUACAGCUGUCAUCCGCGCAGGCCGUGGCCGUUGCUGA